AUGACGUCUGGUACUGUCUCUUCCCUUCUUGUCCUGCUGCUCAGCUGCUCGCGGGCGCUAGCGCAGCAGCAGGCACAAUUCAAUCAAGUACUUAAUAUCGGUGGCGACAUGUCACUCAAUUCUUUUCAAUUCCAGGAUGGAUCGAGGGUGGAGACGCGUUCGCAAAAGCAGCAGCAGCUAAUUGUUAAUCAACAAACGCCUUCCAUCUCCGCCAACCAGGUCACGGGCUCCACCGGUAACCCUUUCGUGGCUCUUCAGCAGACCUCCAUGGUCAUCAGUACCAAUGGGGCUACAGAUCUAGUCGGUGCACAGAUCGAGAUGGCCAUGCCCGUGGCAGCGCUUCAACAGGCGCAAAUUGACCCCGGCAACACAUUCGUUGCAAUGCUUUCACCUGACAGACAAACCUGGAUGAUCCAGGAAUCGAUCAGAAGCAUCAACACGACCGACAUGACUGUACGCAUGGUCAAGCUUCAGACCAUUGACGGCGAAUACAUGAUGGUGGGGCGUCAGACAGCGGGCACUGAGACCCAGCUCACUCCCUUUGGGAGUAAUCAAGCUGCUCAAGUCUCCAUCACCGGCACUGGACUUCAAGAGAAUGAGUUCCAGGAUGGUUUCCGCAUGUCUAUCAAGGCUACUCAACCCAUGACGAUGAACGUCGAUACGAAGAAAGGCAUCGACAGCAGCAUGUUGACCGCUCUUCAGGGUCAGGUUUCAGUCAAUGACUACCGCUACUCCGUCACCACCAGCCUCGCUGGCGUGCAGUCCAAACUGAACCAGCAAGUCACCGUCAUCCAAAUGCCCCUCAACGCGCAGCGCAUCCAGACCAUGAUGAAAGCUGCUGGUAUCCAACCUGGCGGACAGGUUUCUCUUGGUGUCGCGCAGCGCAAAGUUCUCGGAAACCCCGGUGGUGCCACAAACAUUGCACCUGCUCAACUCGCGCCUCAAAAACGCGGCCGUGACGCUUUCAGGUCUGCCCUCGCUCGUCGCCAGACCGAUUCCACAACAGGUCAGACCGGUCAGACUGGCCAAACUCAGGUAGAUCCGACCACUGGACAGCCUAUCCAGCAGGGCACUGCGGGCACCACGCAACAGAUUGACCCGACCACUGGACAGCCCAUUCAGCAAGGUACGACUGGACAGCAGAUUGAUCCCACCACUGGACAACCGAUCCAGCAAGGUACUGGCCAACAGACUGGACAGACACAGCAGGGCACUCCCACCACUGGGAACAACCCCGUUGCCACCCAGCUCCUCCUUGAGCCCACGUUCACCCCGGUUCAGGCCAAUCUCGUCCUCGACACCGUAAACAUGCGCGUUGCCUUCCCUGUCUCUCAGCUUGACGGCGAGUACAUCCUCACCAUGCAGACGGGCGGUGCUGCUGCCGCUGCUCCUGCCGCCGCCGCUCCCGCACCCGCCGCCGAGGCUCCUAAGCCCGGUGCCGCCAACGGAACCGCACCUGCCGAGCCCAAGAUCAAGCGUCAGGAUGCUCCCGCGGACACCAACCCCGCCAAGGGCCAGGUCUUUAUCACCAUGCGCGAGGUCGAUCGUAUGGUGGAGACAGCGAUGUACGGUGGCCAGGCACCGAUCUCUAAGAUGAUGAGCGAGUACGUCAAGGCUAACAACGGCACUGCUUCUGCUUAA